AUGUCCACUACCUCAUCUGCUCUGGCGCUCCGCCUCCCCUUUGCUUCCCCAAUCACCACCACCACCACCACCACCACCAAACUCACUUACCCAAUACGUAGCUCACGUUGGUCUACAACUAGUGCGAGGCUUGUGGGUUGUGCUCAUGCUGCCAUUUCAGGAAAAGGGCAAGGCACCUUUGAUCCAGAAUUGCGUUCCGUACUUGAACUUGCGACGGACUCUGAGUUAUAUGAGCUUGAAAGAAUCCUUUUUGGCCCUAGCUACUUCAGCCCGUUGCUGAAAUCUAUAAUGAGCAGAACCAAUGUCGACUAUGCAAUGAUUGAAGAGGAUCUUGAAGAGCGAGAGGAAUUUUUAUCCACAUUAGAAUCGCGAUUCUUAUUCCUGGCAGCUGAUGCCCGGUCAACGUUAAGGGGUUGGAGGCCAUCAUAUAGGAAUGUCUUGCUUGCAGUGAGAAAAGAGUUAAACAUUCCUUGCUCAAGCAAAUUGUCAACUGAAGACCUUGAAGCAGAGAUUUUCCUUCAUCUAUUGCGAGAUUUUUCAAGUGAAGAAUCAGGAAGUUUCCAGGGCUUGUUGGAAUUCUCUGAGCCCUCUGAUGCUCAACAUAGUCUUCAACUUGGUCUCAGUCAAUGGAAGGUGCAGGCCCUUACUGCUUUAAAAGUCAGCGCAACAGAGCUCCGAUCAAUGUUUUUGAAGGGUGGCGGUAUCUUUACUUUGGCAAAGAUUUAUCAGUUGUUAGCUAGAAAGUUAUCUGGGAAGGUGUUCCUAGAAGCUGCCAACUAUCAGCUAAAAAGGGAUUUUGUCAGAAAGGGUGGACAAUUAGCUGCUAUUAAUCUAGAGUCCAGAGCGGCCUUUCUUGCAGCAAAACAAGGUUUUGCAGGGGCUACAUCAAGAUAUCUUGGUUUAAGAAGCAUGAUGGCUUUGCUUGGCCCAGUGCUUUGGGGAACAUUUCUGGCAGAUGUGGUCAUUCAAAUGCUAGGAACUGAUUAUGCAAGAAUCUUGCGAGCAAUUUAUGCUUUUGCACAGAUCCGUAUCACUCGCACAUACAGGUUACCGCCUGAUUACUGA